UCUUUCACACCUCUCAGUCCUUCUCAGCAGAGAGGAAGUAGAGAUGGGUAGAGAGGAGAAGUGGUGACAAGAGUUUAGAGAGAGUUAGUGAUCGACAUGUUGAGAUGGAACGGACCUGUCUUCUACUCUUGCUGUUGAGUACACUGGUAUACUGUAGCCUCGGACAAGGUGGAGACUCUCUGAGUGUCAGUCCUGACAGAUCUCAGUUCUUUAAAUAUGAGUCUGUCUCUCUGAGCUGUGAGGUUCAGGGGGACUCUGCUGGAUGGAGACCGAAGAGAUCCACAGUCUCUGGGGAUCGUUCAGAUUGUGGAAGAAAAUGGGGAAAACCACAAGGGUCUUCAUGCAACGUGUCACUAAUACCAUCAGACAGUGGAGUGUACUGGUGUGAGUCUGGGUCUGGAGAACACAGCAAUGCUGUCAACAUCACAGUACCUGAUGGAGCUGUGAUCCUGGAGAGCCCUGCCCUUCCUGUGACUGAGGGAGAUUCUGUGACUCUGCGCUGCAGAUAUCAGGUAACUCUCUCUAACCUCACAGCUGAUUUCUACAAAGAUGGAUCCCUCAUCAGGGCUGAGACUACAGGAGAGAUGACCAUCCCUGCAGUAUCCAAGUCAGAUGAAGGCCUCUACAAGUGUACCAACUCUGAAGGAGAAUCACCAGAGAGCUGGAUGACUGUGACAGUUCCAACUCCCAUUCCAUCUCCAGCAGUCCCAGUGUUGUCCAUGUCUCUACCCAGGCUGCUGUGUAGUUUACUGGUGGGGUCUCCCUACCUGCUGGUGACCAUCAUACUGCUGGUGAAAGGCUGCAGGAGCAGGGCUCAAGGUGAUCGUGUUGAAGAAGAGUGAGGCUGAGAUCACCUGAUCACCAUAACAACCAUCAGAAUGGAACUCAUGGAAUUCUAAUAUAGAACUGUGAGUCACAAUGCUGUAUGUUGUUACAUUGUAGCUCCACCUGCUGGAACAAUAGUGGCAUUUGAUCAAAUGUGAUCUAUUAACUGAUACAUGUAUUAUUCUGAUUGGAAUGUGUUUUAAUAUAAUGUGUGUUGUAUUAUUCAUUCAGCAGCUGUCCUUUAACAUCAGUCAUAUACUGGUCAUAUACUGUAUAGCAUUAUGGUUGAUACAUUGUAAAUGCCUUCACUUCUCAUGUCUAUACAGAUCAACUGAUAGGUGUUGUGGUUCAGGCAUUAUUGUUACAGGUUCAGUAUAAUGUUAUACCGUUACAUGUUACAGAGAUAGAAAACAUACAGGAGAGGAGAAUUCAAUUAUUACAAUUAUUUACUUUAUUUUCCCAUUUUGGUCUCUAGAAUAGUGCAGCAUAAUUUUAUUUUAUUUAAACAUGAAACUAAUGUAGGUCUUUUGUUUUAUUGUGGUGGUUUUGUGCAAAAUGAUAAUUAUUCUAUUAAUCAUCCUGGUAAGAUAUUGCUUUUGUCUUUGUAGCAUAUAUAAUUAAAUAAGUGAUUUUCCUCAA